AUGUCUCUUUACUCGUUCAAUUUCGAUCUCCUUCCUCCUCCGCCAAGGUCCCGACUUUCAUGGGGCUCAGAAUCAAGUAGGGCAAAAUUACCAGAUUUCAAAAACGUGGAAGAAUUACGGCAAUUCAUGACAAAUCUGUUCAUCUUUCCGUUUCCAAUCCCACACCUCAUGCUUCAGAUGAAAGUAGGAGCGGGAGUUCUAUCGUUACUGCUACUCGUUUAUCUGCUGAUUAUUGCAAGGAGGAUGUACGAAAGGAACUUCUGGAUUCUUCGUAUUUUCAAGACACCAACUGGAUCGGUAAUUGCUCCAAAUACGAUUCUAGCUUUCAUCGUGAUAGAAGGUGCUUUCGUAAUAGUCUUUAUUGCAAUGAUGUUGGAAUUACGUUACUAUUACAUUGUGGGCUCCGACAAACCGAAGAAUAUACUUCUUUGGAUCUUACUUCCUUGGAGUAUAUUAAUCUUUGGCGCAUUCUCCGCUGCUUUAGGAACACAUUAUGCCACACCAAGAAGUCCUACAAUUUCCAGAAAAGAUGGCAAACAUACUUUCAAAACCUUUUUGGCUAAGAUCGGGGGGCAUGCCAUCACUGUCAACCUAUUGGCAAUUUUCAUACCCGCCAUCACUUGUAUUUCUGUGGCCAUACCUUCUUUCAUUGCAAACGCACGGCAGGUUAAAGGAUGUGAUCGUGAAAAAGAAUGGCAACUGAGAUAUGCCAGCGAGGAGCAUUUUGAUCAACAAAUGGUUUUGGAAGCACAACAUAUAUGGUAUCAACAGUUAAAAGCCAUAAAGAUUGCAUCAGCGACUUUUUGCCUUUGGUCCUUUUGGGGAUUGUUUUGUUUCGCAUUAUAUACAGCUCUUGCUCUUCGUCUGAUUAGAGCGGUAAAAAUCGAGCUUGGCAAGACAGAAUUAAAACAAUUGAAGUUCAUCGUUACAACAAUAUGCGCAACAUCUUCCCACAGAGAUCCAAUCCCAGCAAUGAGACCAGAACAGCCCGAUCCAAACUUUCUUCAUGUUGUUGAUGCUAGAAGAGAACAUCACAUAAGCUCUGAGGAUGCUUUUGUCAAUAGACUGCCGCUUUGGUCAGAGACUGGAAGCGGUGCGAGUGUUUCUCAUGAAGGUCAACAUUCACAUUCUGGUUUGCGAGAUCUUGGUUGUACUGUUAUAGUCGAACAUAUUCCCCAAUCUUUGGAUCAGUGUAUUCAUGAAUUGGUUGUUCAUCAAGAUACAUGCGAUAGUAUUCAUUCGGCAAGAUCAGUUCAUGAUGAAGACAAGGAGCACAAAGACGAAGAUUCUUCAACCUUCACUCAAGCAAUCAAAUCUCGGCUCAAAUUGCCCAAUUUUAUCAUGACACAGAAAAUGAUUGAUAAAAGACGAAAAGAAAGUAUGCAAUUUUCAAUCAACGAACAAAAGAUUGAACUUAAAAAAGCAAUGGUUAAUAUCGUCAUUCAAACAUUGGUGAUCAGUCCCGGUUGUGCUUGUUUAAGUGCAAUCGUAUUGAUGUUUGGUUUGACCUUUUUUGGUUCAUUGGAACAACCUACUCCAAAUCGAAUUGCAACUUACGCUCAACGGUUUGCAGGGAUCGCUUUAUUGGCUGUCUUGUAUACAAUCAUUCUUUUCGGUUCAAUUUGCGCUGUCUGUGUCUUCUUUCGUGUAUAUGAACCAAUCUUCGUCAAAAAUGCAGACAAUGAGAGUAGGAAUAGGCCAACAUCGACUAUUCUAAGUGAAGGAGAUCAAUAG